AGCCGCCACUGGCGGGGCGGGGAGGACCCCUGGGCUCCAGUCCAGCCCGCCGCGUAGCGGACAUGGCGGGCUCCCGGCUCCCUCGGCAUCUCUUUCUCCAGGGCGUGGCUGCCAUCUUCAUGUUCGCCUUCGCUUCCCUCUACACGCAGAUCCCGGGCCUGUACGGCCCUGAGGGCAUCCUACCUGCACGGAGAACGCUGCGGCCGCAGGGAAAGGGACGUUGGCAGCAGCUGUGGGAGACCCCAACGCUGCUGUGGGAGGCACCACGUCUUGGGCUGGACACGGCGCAGGGCCUAGAGCUGCUGAGUCUGCUAGGCACCCUGCUAGCCCUGGGAGCACUGCUGCUAAGCCAGCUGCGCCAUCUCCUAACCUACCUGCUGCUCUGGGCCGCCUACCUGUCUGUCUGCCAGGUGGGCCAGGUGUUUCUUUAUUUCCAGUGGGACUCCCUGCUCCUGGAGACUGGCUUCCUGGCAGUGCUGGUGGCACCUCUAAGGCAGCCCCCCCACCGCAAGCAGGCGCCCCAGAGCAAGCUGGCAGGGGCCUCACCCCACGAAGGCCUCUCCUUCUGGCUUGUGCGCUGGUUGCUGUUUCGCCUCAUGUUUGCCUCGGGUGUGGUCAAGCUGACCAGCCGUUGCCCUGCGUGGUGGGGGCUCACGGCCCUCACCUACCACUAUGAGACACAGUGCCUGCCCACGCCUGCUGCCUGGUUUGCCCACCACCUGCCCGUCUGGCUGCACAAGCUCAGCGUGGUGGCCACUUUCCUCAUUGAGAUUGCAGUGCCUCCUCUGUUCUUCGCUCCCAUCCGUCGUCUGCGCCUGGCUGCCUUCUACUCCCAGGUCCUGCUGCAAGUCCUGAUUAUCCUCACUGGCAACUAUAACUUCUUCAACCUGCUCACCCUGGUGCUCACCACCGCCCUCCUGGACGAUGUACACCUGCUGGCCGAGUCUGGCAGCAGCCGGCGCAAGAAGAUGCCCACCUCCUGGCCCAGGGCUCUGCUGGCUAUGCUGGCCCUGCUGCUGGAAUUGGCCAUCUACGGGCUGCUGGCCUACGGCAUGGUGCACUGCUUCGGCCUGGAGGUGGACUGGGAGCAGUAUGCCAUUCACUCCAGAACCAGUGAGUGCCAGCUGGGGGCUCAGAGGGCAGGGGCUGGGCCACCCCUCCUCACACCCCUUUCUUCUGCAGCCUUCACCUUCCACCAGUUCUCCCAGUGGCUGAAGACGGUGUCCCUGCCCACCAUGUGGCUGGGGGCAGCCUCCCUUGCCUGGGAACUGCUGACCGCGCUCUGGAGGUGGACCCAGGUGCGGGGGUGGCUGCAGAAGUUCUGUGCGGCAGCCCAACUGUCCAUCUUUGGCGCUGCCACGGUGGCUCUGUUCAUGAUCAGCCUGGUGCCAUACUCCUACAUGGAGCCCUCCACCCAUGGGCGCCUCUGGACCGGGGCCCACCGCCUGUUCGGCACCGUGGAGCACCUCCAGCUGGCCAACUCCUAUGGCCUGUUCCGCAGGAUGACUGGCCUGGGCGGGCGGCCUGAGGUGGUGCUGGAGGGCAGCUAUGAUGGGCACCACUGGACGGAGAUCGAGUUCAUGUACAAGCCCGGGAACGUGAGCCGGGCACCCCCUGUCGUGACGCCCCACCAGCCACGCCUCGAUUGGCAGAUGUGGUUCGCGGCCCUGGGUCCGCACACACAGAGUCCCUGGUUCACGAGCCUGGUGCUCCGCCUACUGCAGGGGAAGGAGCCCGUGAUUCGCCUCAUCCAGAACCACGCGCCCACGUACCCCUUCCACAAGCAGCCGCCCACUUACGUGCGGGCCCAGCUCUAUAAGUACUGGUUCUCGCAGCCCGGGGAGCAGGGCCGGUGGUGGCGCCGCCAGUGGGUGGAGGAAUUUUUCCCUGCGGUGUCGCUGGGGGACCCGACGCUGGAAACACUGCUCAGACAGUUCGGCCUUCAGGACAAGAGCCCCCCGCGGGCCCGCAGCUCCAGCAGUCCCCUGACCGAAGCCCUCUACUGGGUGCGGAAACAGCUGUCUCCCCUGGAGGCCCCCACCCUGCUCUGGGGGCUCCUCGCGACGGUGGGGGCCAUUAGGGUCAUGCAGGCCCUCCUGGGCCCUCGGCCCUCCCCUCCCGCCAGGGAGAAGCAGAGGCCAGCCCCCAGGGAGGACUCAGGAGCCACCAGCAAGCAAGCUGCCCCAGCUCCCAGUAACAGCAGCCGUUCUCAGACCCCCCGGCGGAAAAAGUAGCCUCCUUCUGUCAGCCAGACGUCCCGAGAGGGUCAGGGUCCCCGUGCGUCUCUGGCUUUCUGCAGCGGGACAUGGCCCAGCCACUGUGCCUUAGCCAACUGCCACGCGGAGGCCGGCCGGGGUGCCCCCUGUGGGCAGACUCUGGCGGCCCUUCUGCUUUGAUGGCCCACUCAUGCUCCCACCUCAACCACGUCCAGUCCCAGGACACCCACUGGCCUGACCCAUGGCCCAGGAGGCCCCUGCGUGACCCGCCCAGGGUCCUUCCCAGGACAUUGUCAACAGGGCCGGGGAGGCCCUUUCCCUCUGCCCCCACUGUAGGGUCCGCGCCCACCACCCCAACCCCGGCUCCUGCACAGGGGGCUGAGGCUGCCCUGCUGGGGGUGAGCAGGAGAGGUUCGGGUGGUCUCUGCGGCAGCCUGUCCCGUCGUUGGAUCUGUGAGCCAAUAAAGGCGGUUCGUGCAGGA